AUGAAGUUUGGAAAGCGCCUUCAGGAGGAGAUGGUGGCUCAGUGGAAAGACUACUACGUCAACUACAAGUCCCUAAAGCACUUUAUUCGGCACUCAUCGUUGACUGGGGCCGAAUUCAGCAGCGCCUUUUUUGAGAAAAUUGGCGAGGAGCUUAAGAAAGCUGAGGGACUAUUCCAGGAGUUGCUGGAAGAGUUGCAGCAGGGACAUGAUGAACUGCUCGAGCAGGACCCCGACCUUCCGCUUACGCACCCAAAACGCGCCGGACGUUUUUACCGGAAACGAUUGCACCGUGAAGUGGAGACGCCGCAGGAUGAAGGAGAUACGACUGGGUUUGACAGCUCGCGUGCGAGCUCCAUGGUGGAGAUCGAGGCGGAGCAACGGAAGUGCUUUCCUUCUGCGCUGAAGAACUUCUUCUGGAUGCUUAUUGGCGAUUCUCAUAGGAGGGAAUAUAACGAAGACACGCCAAGGGCCAAGUUUGUGGAGUGGCAUUCCAGCGCUCACAGAUUGUUACACUUCGCCGAGUUGAACUUGGAGGCAGUCCGCAAGUCUGGGAAGAAACUGAAAAAGUACCGUCGUCGUGAAGGAGACUUCACCCUCUCCAUUGAAGCUGAGCUCAGUCGCUCACGCCUGGUUACGCAAAUGCCCAGGCUGCACGCGCUGAUGUCUGCUGUUAGCGCCGACUACGAACGCAAAUACGAUGAAUCAUUAGAUCAAUACAAAAAUGUGGCGAUGCAGCAACCGUACCACGCAAAAUGGCGAUACGUCUUUCUUUCGGCUUCUUUCUUUUGUCUCCUUAUGUACCUCCCAAUCCUCACGGAGCAUCAACCAGCGCAUAACUGCGUGGCACUCUUUGGUCUGAUUGUCACUCUUUGGAUUACGGAGGCGAUUCCGUUUUUCUGCACGGCUAUGCUUAUCCCUAUCGUGGCGGUCCCCCUCGGCAUCAUAGCUGACCCACGCACGCACGAAGUUGCUACACCUACAGUCGCUUCCGGCAUCAUCCUUGGGAAGGUAAUGGACCACGUCCAGAUUCUUGUGCUUGGUGGCCUGACGAUUGGAAAAGCCUUGGGACGCACUAACUUGGAGGUGUACGCUGCCACUGCACUCUACCGGUGGACUGCCCACCGGCCCUCACUCUAUCUACUGGGUGUGAUGCUGUGCAGCAGCAUUCUGUGUGCAUUUGUCUCUAACGUCGCAGCCCCGUUACUGGUGUUGAGUGUCAUUCAGCGCACAUUGUGGGAAUUCCCCGAGGAUACGGAGGCCCCUCACGGUAUUCUUCUUGGUUUGGCAUUUGCAUGUAACAUUGGAGGCAUGCUGUCCCCCAUCGCAUCACCACAGAACGCUGUGGCAAUGUCUAUAUUGAAUUUUCACGAUGUGUCAUUCGCAGCGUGGGUGGCCAUUGCGCUUCCCAUCGUCUUGUUCACCGUGAUUGUAUCGUGGGGCAUAAUUCUCGUCGUGUGGAAACCCUUUAAGGAUGUCUCGAGCAUUCCAUUGCAGGUGGUGAAUGUGGAGACGAGUAAGGAAGCCACGUUAGCAGAUCGUGUAGUUGUAGUUGCGGUGUCUCUCACCACCAUCAUCCUCUGGAUCCUUCCACCCACUCUGCUCUUUGGUGACACCGGUGUUGUGGCACUGAUUCCCAUUGUCGUUUUCUUCGGGAUUGGCAUACUGGCGAAGGAGGACUUCAACACGCUGUCAUGGCAUCUCAUGUUCCUUUUGGCAGGUGGCAACAUGCUGGGUUUGUGUGCACGCGAUUCAAAGAUGCUGGAUAUUAUUUCAGGUCGAAUGCAUGACACCUUAGUCAGUCAACCACCAUAUCUGACACUUGUCCUUCUUAUUGCCGUAGUGGCCCUCUUGACAACAUUCGUCUCGCACACAGUGGCCGCCAUGAUUCUUCUUCCCAUCAUUGUCAAGAUAGGCUUCCUGUUGCCGAAGCAAGAGGGUCUCUUGGCUGUGUCUCCCGCGUCUCUUGUGGUACUGUGCGCUUUGAUGCUGUCUGGAUCCAUGGCUUUUCCUAUUAGUUCUUUUCCAAACGUAAACUCACUACUUGCAGAGGACUCAUCAGGUAAGCCAUACCUCAAGGCGAAGGACUUCCUUUUUUGUGGGACGCUGAUUACGCUUAUAAUCGUGGUGUGCCUAUGUACGUGGAUGGUGCCGUUGUCCUAUACCGUUCUUGAAGGAAGGUAG